CCUUCGAUCCACGCGUCCCGGCUCAUUAUUUGGCCGGAAGUUGUAGUUCAUUGUACCGGAAAUAGAUGCGAGGACAUGAUUUUGCCAGGACAGAAACUGCACAUACCGGGGGCCUGUAAAUAAAAUAAUCCGCAUAAAAUAAAGGGGUGGUAACCGCAAAUUCAAGUGGCAGUAUUCCUGUCUGCCACCUGUAAAACAACGCGGUGCAUGCAGCCAUGUCGACAGCAGUUGAUCUGAAGACGAAAGAAGAGAAAGAUGCAGAGCUUGACCGACGGAUUGAGGCUCUUCGAAAGAAGAAUGAGGCACUUGUUCGUCGAUAUCAGGAAAUCGAAGAAGACAAAAAGAAGGCGGAGCAAGAGGGAAUUGCCGUGACCACGCCCCGCAAACCGCGAUCCCACGAAGCAGAGUCUGACCGCAGGAGGACUGAAAAAGAGAAUCUCACCAUCACCGUGGACGUCUCUAAACCUGCCGGGGAGAAGCGCAUCAUCAAUGAGAGGAAACCAGGAGCUCCUCGUGGUGGGGUGACCCCUGAGGAGGCCGACCCAGCAGCAAUCCAGGGUGAGAGCUCUCCCAAGAAGCCAGGCUCGGGGAGGCUGAGCCGGGGAGGGCCACGGGGAGGAGUGUGGCAAGACCGGAAGGAGGCCCGGCAGAACAAACAGGAAGUCAAGCAGGAUAAAGCAGAGUCACGGCCUGAUCGCUCACCGCGGGAGGGCGAGCCCAGGGAUGGCCAGGGCUGGCCGGAACGCACUCCCCGGGGAGGAAGAAGAGGGAGGGGAGGAGGGCCUCCGGGAGGAGGGCCUCCGGGAGGAGGGCCUCCGGGAGGAGCCGGAUCGGACCGGAAGUCGAAGGAAUGGGAGGAGAAGAGGCGGCAGAACAUUGAGAAGGUGAACGAGGAGAUGGAGAAGAUCGCGGAGUAUGAAAGGGGUCAGAGAGGAGAAGGCGAGAAGAACCCGGUCCGCAACUUCCUGGACGACCCCAGGCGGUGUGGCCCCGUUCCUGAGGGCGACCGCAAGGAGGGCAGUCGCAGGCAUGUCCGCAACUGGGGCGGCCUGGACUUCGACAACGUGAAGACCGGACCCGAGCUGGAACAGGAGUGGAGGAGUCGGAGGCCAGGCACAAAGGGCUCCAUGGACAUGACUAUGUCCAUGACGGGCCGCGAGCGGGCGGAAUAUCUUCGCUGGAAGAAGGAGCGCGAGCAGAUCGACGAGGAGCGCCUGGCUCGGCACCGCAAUGCCACUGGCCAGUGGCGACGCGAGUGGGAUGCUCAGAAAACCGAUUCCAUGUUCAAGGAGGAACCUGUUGCAGAGGACGUUCAGGAUCAAGGUAUUAAGAGGGCUACAGGGCGUAAUGCCAAACCGCAGAAGGCCUCAGAGGAGAAUAAGAGGCCGCCCAAGGCACCCACAUUUGGUGAUUUCUUGGGGCACGGUAAACCAAAAGAGGGGGUUCUUGGGAGCAGAGGAAGAGGGAGAGGUCAUGCAAAAAGCAAAAAUUACAGUAUGCAUGAUAAUCGCUGGGAGGGAGAAACCGAGAAGGUGCCCACAGAUGAAGAGGAUAAGAAGCUCCCUGCCAAGGAAAAGGUGGAUGUAGUCAUGAACAGCAGCACCGACACAGCAACCGGUGAUGACGAGGACGAGUGGGAAGACGCCAGUGAUGGAGAGGAAGAGACGGCGGAGGAAGACGCAGAAGAAGGUGUCGAGAAGGUGGCCGCGUCUCCAGAGGAGGCGAAGGAGAAGCCGUCUUCUCCACCCCCUGCUGCCUCCCCAGUCAGCCCCAAAGAGCAACGUACACCCCGCCCCAAAGUGCAGCUUCCGACCCAACAGGACACCCCCGAUCCCACGAAGCCCCUGAGCCCCUUCUCACCUCUGGAGGGGUACCAGCCAGUGACUGACUGGGGUGAGGCGAUGGAGAUGCAGUCGCCCCGUAGCAGUCUAGGGGAGAGCCCUCUUAAGCCCGAUAGCACUGGGAUAGAGAGUAGCCCAGAACAACAGACCGCAAAUGGCACUGCUGUACCUGAAGAGAGUCAGACCCCCAGCUCACCAGAGAAGGAGGACGAAGCAGAGGAAGCUGAUACAGUGACUCCCUCUCCUUGCCCAGUGGCCACAGAAACCAAGCUUGAGGAGGAGGGAGCUGAUUUGGACUCUCAGACCCAAGAAGCUGCUCCUGAUGGAGAUCCUGACACUUUGCCCAGCUGCCCCUCAGAGGAAGAGGAGAGAGCCGCCGCCCCUCCACUCGCAGAAUCCCUUCAGAGCUCAAAAGCUGAGGCCCAUGAUUCAGACCCUGACCCGGUAACUGUGAGCGAACCCUCCGAACCAUCUUCAGGCUGAUUGCCAGUUGGAGCGGUGAGGAUUUGCAAUGAUAAUGUUCCACAGCUUACAAGAAUAGGUGUUACUGGAGAGAAGAGAGGCUGUGACGCACGUGGACUCGCUAAGAAAGACCGUCACGCUUGGGAUUCACGUCUGCCACGCGAACUUUUACCAUGGCCGUGCCUUGUUCGGUCAUAGCUGAUGGAGGGAAGCCUGGGACUUGCUACCCAGCCUCAGGGUUGCUUUUGAGAUUGAUAUUCACCUUUUUUUUUGGGGGGGGGGGGGGUGGUGCUUUUUUCUGUCAUUUUUUGCUACAGGUCAUAUGCAUCACUGUGGUGACCAAGCCAAGAACGUGUGUCGCUUCCGAAUUCUGAAUUUGUACAAUUCAGUUUGCUUUGUCUAAGAUGGUGUUGCUCUCCAAUAUUGUUUUGCCUUCCUGUCCUUGCCACUACACUGGAGAUUUAGGUCUCGUGCACCUUUGAUGGGGCAGCCAAAUAACCCUUUUAAAAAUGUCUUGAGCUUUUGACAGACAAACAUUUGCAGAAGGUUUGUUAGCUGCGCAGCCGUCUUUUAAAAUACCCUGUUUUCUGGAAGUCUGAUCAUGAACGAAUCAUGGAAAUACAGUCUGAGUCUUUGAAAUUUGGAAGAGGACACCUUGGAAGGAGACCAUGCGCGUGAACGGAGCUGUGUAAUCUUUUUUUAAUUUGAACUAAUACAAUUCCAGUGAUCAGUUGAAUGAUUAAGUUAUCAAAGUGGGGUGUAAGUUUAAGGCAGUAUCUGACUUUUUUUGGAUAGUGUGAAUUCAUGAAUUUGAAAAUUGUGUAACUGAUAUCUGCUUACAUUCCAGUUUUAUGUAGAAGUUCUUAUAAUGCAUCUCAUGUCAUGAAUAGUUAAUGAAAUUUAUGAAAUCCGUGCCACUCCCACUCAAAGUGUGUAAUCUUAUAGUAGUUUUGUUUAAACUGGCAUGGGUAUGUAUAAGGGAAUCAGGGUGAUGGGGGGGUGGGGGGGAAAUCACUAACAUGGAAGCCCUGCAAAAUGUCAACGUACACGCUUUAAGAUGUUAAACAUAAUGAUUUUCGCUAAUGUUGUAAACUUGUGGGAUUUUUAUGCGUGGAGAUUUUUAUUUGAUGAAUAAACUGGACUUCCAUG